AUGGCGAGAUCGACGGAUCCACACUCCGAUGGNAAUCACAGCCUCAGUCACAGCCACAAGCACAGUCUCAGUCACAGCCACAAGCACAGCCUCAGUCACAGCCACAAGCACAGUCUCAGUCACAGCUACAAGCACAGUCUCAGUCACAGCUACAAGCACAGUCUCAGUCACAGCUACAAGCACAGUCUCAGUCACAGCCACAAGCACAGCCUCAGUCACAGCCACACGCACAGCCUCAGUCACAGCCACAGCUACGUUUACAGCCACAACCACAACCACAUUCAAUAG